CGGGGGGCUGGGCCGCAGGAGCCGCUCUCCGGGCUGCCGGGAGGCUCCGCUGAGAGUCCCCGGGCGGCCCCUCCUCUUCCCCCCCGGCGGCCCGAAGCCGCGCAGGGCCCGGGCCAUGUGUCGCGCGCGGCUCCGCCUCCCGCCGGUCCUGUGAGGCGGCGGCCGUGGGGAACGCAGAGCCAGCCAGGCGCCUAUCUGGGCGGUACCGUGCCGGUGGCUGGUGCACCGGCCUGCGCCAAGGCCGGGCCUUUUUCUCUAUUCGGAACCAUCCGGAUGGGGCCUUAGGGCCCCGCCCCGUCUGGCCUGGCCCGGCCUGCGCGAGCCCCGCAAGCUCUGCAGGCUGGCUAGCGGGCAGGUCCCAGCCCCACGUCUUGCUACCCACCUACGAAGGAUCCGGGGAUGGGCAGCGCCACCCAGCCCGCUCCAGAGUCAGCAUGGAUUGACGCGUCAUGCCUUACGUGGGAAGGACAACAGUUCCAGGGGAAAGCUGCCAUUGUGGAGAAGUUGUCUAGCCUUCCAUUCCAGAAAAUCCAGCACAGCAUCACGGCGCAGGACCAUCAGCCCACGCCAGAUAGCUGCAUCAUCAGCAUGGUUGUGGGCCAGCUUAAGGCGGAUGAAGACCCCAUCAUGGGGUUCCACCAGAUGUUCCUAUUAAAGAACAUCAACGAUGCUUGGGUUUGCACCAAUGACAUGUUCAGGCUCGCCCUGCACAACUUCGGCUGACCUUCUCUCAGCCAGGCACUCACGCUGUUUCCUCCUCCCUCCUCUUCCCAGUACUAUUACCACUCCUCCAGAUGCUCCAAAUAUCAUGCACAAAUGAGCAGGGCUGCGGCGGGAGUGGGCGCAGUGCGCUGCUGCCACCAAGGUGUUGUGCAUGAUGUUUGGACGCUAGACUAGUUGCAUCUGACGGGAGAAGUUUGUGUUGUACCAGCGCAUGCCUUGGAAAGACUUAAGUAAUGCAAAAGGUUGUCCUUUUUUUUUUUUUUAAUCUACUGACAAGUUGCUCUAGUAACCCAAAGACGUGAAGGAGAAAGCAGCUGCCUCACCGCCCAGAAGUUGAUUUGUUCAGAUGUUUCAAUGCCUCAUGAUACAAUAAAACCACAAAAAUUUUCUUAACAGUUUAAAUUGUUUUAAUUAGUUUACUAGUUGGCUGGGCAUCAAAAGCCACCUUGACCCAUUGUCUCUCAUGUCUCACUUCUGCCCCAACUCUGAAUAUCUGUUGCAGGGAGAAAUUGCUGAAGCAGCACUCCCAGCUAGCCUCUCAGAAGCCCUGCAGGGCAGUUCCUCCCACCCCGCAGGGCAACUGGUCCCAGGAAAGCAGGCAGGGAGAGCUCAGUUCUGGCCUGAAGCUUCUUGCACUGAAGCCUGUGCAGUCAGUUCUGAUACCUCCUGUGACUUCUGCUCUGGGUAGGUUCAGGGCUCUAGCAGCAGGAGAGAUGAUCCUGAAUCCUGUUGAAGCUGGAGAGGCCCUCCAGGUUGAGGUCUCAGCAAUAUAAAGGGAGAGGCCUGCUAUAUCCCCAGGAGGAUCAGGAUCAUAUCCAGGUUGCCUCACAUACACCAAGCCAGGCAGAGGCAGCUCAGCUCCUAUCCCACCUGCUUUGGAUAUCAUUACACAAAGGCCAGUACCCAGCAGAGCCAGCCUCCACUGCCCACAGAGCCAGGCCCAGUUGGGUUGUAGUAUAGGUCAGGAGCUGUGGAAGGAGGCAAUCUGAGUGUGAGAGACUCAUGCUUUAGGGAUCCUCAACACUCAGACCUCUGCAGGACAUUGCAGGCCUCUCUCACUUCCUUCCUCAGCAUAGAGACUUCAUGCUAUCUUCAAAUCCCAGGAAGUCUUAGCUAUUAGGGCAGUUCUGUUUCUCUGUUUUGGGGACAAAGGCCUUGCCCAGUAUGAACCUGGCCCCUCAGCCCACAGACCUCUGGAUGGUAUAAACCGAGUGGCAAUGUAGCAACCAUAGGCUAGAACCAAACCCAGGAUUUGGGUCAGUGCCGUUAGGGGUUUUAGGAUUGGUAAGAAUACCACAGCUAAAUCUGACCUGUAAAAGGAUACCCUUCCCCUCUUCCACUAUGGGUGGAGGCUAAGGACCUCCUCAAAUCCCAAAGUUUGCCUGGUGACACUGGGCACAGGGUUGGAUGGUGCUCAGGAGAUUUCAGGGAAUGAUCUCUAGGCUGGUGUGUAUUUGGGGAAGUAGGGGUGGGGAAGAGGUAGGUACUUGCUGCCUCAAACCACCCUGUAUAAAAUCUGCAAUACAGCUUCUUCCAUGUACCUGUGCCUGAACUGUCUGCAAUAAAGAGGAAUUUGUAAA